GAAAAUCCAAAGAAUCCAUUAUUUUUCUUCUUCUCUGUAAGGAAUUCAAUCAUUUUCAACACUCUGAAAAGGGGAAGAAGAACAAAAACCUAAACCUAAAUCUCACUUUUUCUUCUAAUGGUAAACCACAUUAAUUAUUCAUCAUAACCCAAAAGCAUAAAGUACAAACAGCAGCGGACCAUUGUUUUGUCUUCCAUAAAUUGUGAAUUACGGAGGUUGUGACAUAGUGAUUGGAUUCGUAUUUGAGUGCCAUAAAACACCCAUUAUCAUCAUCAUCAUCAGCGUCAACUGUACGGAUCGGAAUUAGGAAAAGAAGGGGGGGAAAAGUUAAAGGAGGGUGAUCAAGUGGCAAUCACUGAGCUUGUAUGCUGUCAGCCGAAUAAUCUUGUUUGAUCUGGUACUGCUCUCUCAGCUGGGUAAAACUUGGAAGACCUGUGGGAUACAAUUCUGUUGCUGUGACAGUAUCGUUCAAUUUCCUAUGCAUGUCAUCCUGAUGGUACAAGGAUCUGAUAGUUUCAACGAAAACAAAAAUGGCUUUAAGAGUUAAGCAGGUUGUUUUAGUUUUUCUCUUUAUUGUCAUACUUAGUCGUGGUAUUACUGCCGAACAUGAGAAAGAAACAUUACAAAGAUUAAGAACUGCUCCACGAAGGAAUGCAGUGGGUGGUGUGAUAGAUGGGUCCGGUACAGAGCAUUCUGUUAACUCUGAUAAGAGUGGUAAUGAAAUGGGAGACUGGCAGGGUGGAAAUAAUAGAGUUUCAGUAUCAACAGUUGCAUUUUUCACACUGGCAAUGGCUGCAGCUACAGGUUUAGGUGCUCUUCCAUUCUUUUUUGUGGAGCUUGAUCCUCAAUGGGCUGGAAUAUGCAAUGGAAUGGCUGCGGGAGUAAUGCUGGCUGCCAGCUUUGACCUUAUACAGGAAGGACAGGGCCAUGGGAGUGGCAGUUGGGUUGUUUUGGGUAUUUUAGCUGGUGGUAUUUUCAUAUGGCUUUGCAAGAAGUUUCUUGAGCAAUAUGGUGAAGUGAGCAUGCUGGACAUAAAGGGAGCAGAAGCAGCUAAAGUCAUUCUUGUAGUUGGAAUUAUGACACUUCAUUCUUUUGGGGAGGGCUCUGGUGUCGGAGUUUCCUUCGCUGGAUCAAAGGGUUUAUCUCAAGGGAUAUUGGUUACUUUGGCCAUUGCUGUUCACAAUAUACCUGAGGGCUUGGCUGUUAGUAUGGUCCUAGCGUCAAGAGGUGUGUCUCCACAAAAUGCCAUGUUAUGGAGUGUGAUUACGUCACUUCCCCAGCCAAUUGUAGCAGUUCCUUCAUUUAUGUGUGCUGAUGCAUUCAACAAGUUCUUGCCAUUUGCAACGGGAUUUGCCGCUGGGUGUAUGAUUUGGAUGGUUAUGGCUGAGGUCCUUCCAGAUGGUUUCAAGGAAGCUUCCCCAUCUCAUGUUGCAUCUGCGGCUACACUUUCUGUGGCUUUUAUGGAAGCUCUUGGUGCUGUAUUUGAGCAUUUGACCCACAACUACAAUCCAGAGGAUGCAUCUGGCUUCUUCGUUUCCCUGCUUUUUGGUCUAGGUCCAUUGCUUGGUGGUGUUGCCCUCGUCGCAUUUGCCCUUUCUUUCCGGCUUCAGCAUGCUCUCCUAACUGGCGUGGCGUCUGGCAUUGCUUUUGUUCUGGGAGCCUGGCGACCCAUUCAACUAGUUCUGUCUUCAAAAAUGGGCCUUUUCCAACUUUUCUUUCUCCUUGGGGUCGGAUCGACAUUUAUCCACUUAUCAAUAUCUAGUGCUACAAAGUUUGGAACCCGCAAGAAGACUUCAGCAAGCACAUUAUCUGCAGUCACAGGCCUUUCAGUCAGUGCACUUACACUCCAGUCUGUCUUGUCUUGUGUAGCAGUUGCACUCCACGCUCUUGCUGAGGGGCUUGCAUUAGGUGUCGCUGCACCCAAAGCUUAUGGGCUUGGGAGGCACAUGGUCCUUCCCGUCUCUCUCCACGGAUUCCCCCGUGGAGCUGCUGUUGCUAGCUGCAUUUUUGGAGCAACUGACAGCUGGCACGGGUCCCUUUUAUCUGCUGCACUUAUUGGACUUGUUGGCCCGUUAUCCGCCAUUGGAGCAAUACUUGCUGGAAUCGACUAUAGUGGCUUGGAUCAUGUGAUGGUCGUCGCAUGUGGGGGACUUUUUCCUUGUUUUUGGAGCAUCGUUAGGAGAGCAGUUAAGUUAGACAAACAAAAGAGCAUCUUUGGGCUCCUCCUUGGUCUCGUGUUUGCUAGUGUGUGCCUAACGUGCACAAAGUUAGUUUGUUUGCAUACACCAUAUUGCAAUUCUGCACCAGAAGCUGUUAGAUGAAAAUGCUUGAUGCUCCACUUUUAUAUGUAAACUGAUUCAGAUACAAAAUAUAUUUGCAGAAGCAUUUCUGAGCAACCCAUUCUUCAUUGUUACUGGUA